CUUAGUACAGGAAGUACGGUAGUGUGUUUUUGUCAGUCGCUAACGCAGCGCUCCAAGCUAACUAUAACAAGGUGCAACCACAGCAGCUAGCCAUAGCAGACUGCCGAGAUGAAUCCAUCUGCAACUUGAUUCGUCAAUAUGUUUGCUGACAACUUGUCAAUGCUUCAGUGUCCAGUUAUUAGAAAGCGACACCGCGGACGAAACACUAGCUAGGACGACGUCAAGCUGAGUAGUAUGCUGGACGUGGGGAAGUGGCCAGUGUUUGCGCUCCUUCCUCCUGACGAACUACGGCUUAUUCGGCAGGCUUGUGUCUUUGGCAGCGCUGCAAAUGAAGCCCUCUAUGUCACCGUUAAUGAUGAGGUCUUUGCUCUGGGCACCAACUGCAGCGGUUGUUUAGGCCUCGGAGACCUUCAAAGCACUAUAGAACCGCGCCGGAUUGAUGUCUUGUGUGGAAAGAAGAUUGUGUCCCUAAGCUAUGGAACGGGGCCGCAUGUUGUUAUCUCUACUGCAGACGGAGAGGUGUUUGCUUGGGGCCAUAACGGCUACAGCCAGCUGGGCAAUGGCACCACCAACCACGGACUGACCCCCGCCCUUGUUUCCACCAACCUCCUCAGCAAGAGAGUGACGGAGGUGGCCUGUGGCUCCCACCACACUAUUGCCCUCACGACUGAUGGAGAGGUCUUCGCAUGGGGCUACAACAACUCAGGCCAAGUAGGUUCAGGGUCUACGGCCAACCAGCCGACGCCGCGGCGGGUUAGCAGCUGCCUGCAGAACAAAGUGGUGGUGAACAUAGCCUGUGGUCAGCUCUGCUCUAUGGCUGUACUCGACAAUGGAGAGAUCUAUGGUUGGGGCUACAAUUGCAAUGGACAGCUAGGUUUGGGCAACAACGGGAACCAGCAGACCCCAUGCAGGAUCGCUGCUCUCCAAGGUGUCAACAUCGUCCAGGUUGCCUGUGGAUAUGCACAUACAUUGGCACUCACAGACGAGGGGAUGGUUUACGCCUGGGGAGCCAACUCGUAUGGGCAGCUGGGAACAGGCAACAAGAGUAACCAAGCUCUCCCCACCCUAAUAAACACUGACAAGGAGAGGAUGGUGGAGGUGGCUGCAUGUCACACCAGCCACACGUCAGCUGCCAAGACCCAGAGCGGGCAGGUUCUGAUGUGGGGUCAGUGUCGAGGUCAGGCUGUAGCCAGCCCCCACCUCACCCAUUUCAGCAGCACAGACGACGUGUUUGCCUGCUUCGCCACACCAGCGGUCACGUGGCACCUCCUCUCAGUAGAUGGUGAUGACUACCUGACCAUUGCCCAGUCUCUGAAGAAGGAGUUUGACAGCCCAGAGAUUUCCGACCUGAAGUUCUUGGUUGACGGGAAGUGUAUCCAUGUUCACAAAGCCCUGCUGAAAAUCAGGUGUGAGCAUUUCCGUGCACUGCUAAAUGAAACUGAUGAGGAUGCCAUAGAAAUUCAACAGUUCUCAUACCUGGUGUACCGAGCCUUUCUGGAGUACCUCUACACAGACACCAUCAACCUGCCACCAGAGGAUGCUAUUGGCCUGCUAGACUUGGCCACGUACUACAGAGAGACGCGGCUGAAGAGGCUGUGCCAGGAAACAAUCAAGAGAGGCAUUUCUGAGGAGAAUGCCAUCACUCUGCUCUCUGCCGCUGUCAAGUAUGAGGCGCGGGACCUGGAGGAGUUCUGCUUCAAGUUUUGCGUCAACCACCUAACGGCUGUCACGCAGACCCGGGCCUUUGCGGACAUGGACCACGACCUGCUCAAGAACUUCAUUAGCAAAGCCAGCCGCUACGGAGCCUUCAAGAACUGACUAGAGGGGCCCCUGUAGCGACGGACUCAACGCGCUGAGGUCUCAGUUCACUGAGGUUCUGAGAGUCGACCCUAGACCAAAGUAAACACUGGGCUGAUGAGCACUUCAAAGCCUUUGUCGCUGGGGAUGUUAACACUGGAGAGCCAAAUGGCUUCAGGUUUCGCCCUCUUAACUGAUGAGUCCGUGUUGCUGCACUAAAAUUGUCCCAAACACAGUAGCUGCUCGUGGGCGUAAAUAUUGGGUUUCCUCCAUCCGCUCAGUCACGAGCAGACAGUGCAGAGGCAUGAAUAGGAGGAUGUGCCACAGUGGUCGUCUUUGUGUCACUGUCGACAGGCUUGGCUAAUAACUGAAGGUGUCUGACUUGUUUGAUCAACAGACAGAUGUGGUGCCUCAUGACAGUUAGCUCAGACAGGAUGCCUGGAAAUGCUGCAUGCUAUUGCAAUUGCAAUAUAAGAGUUUGGCAUUGAGGUGUGCAAUUUUUCUUUCUUUUUUUACGAGCUGUUUAAACAAAUGAUCAAUGCGCAUAUCGCACUGUAGCCAUGAAUUGACCCUUCAAAUUGUACAACUUUUCUUUGAAGCCUUUAUUCUCCAACACUCUGGAUUGAUAAGUAGUAUUUAAUGAGGGGAAAGAAAACAAGCUGUUGUUCUUUUUGAGAAACACUUGUGUUUGACACCCUUUAUUUCUGAACAACUAGCUUGUAUCUGUUCUCUUGCAUAAGUUAACUUUGCCAUUUUUUGUUUUAUAUUGUAGCUAUUCAACUCUGUCAUCCAAGCUUAUGGUUACUGAAUGAUGUUUGCAUCGACUAACGGUUGCACUGUUUACUGUUGACAGUUGGCCACUGUCAGCGGACUAAUAAUAAAACGGUGCAGUCAGUUACACGGAUGGAAAGUCACACGAGCGUAUAGUGUCCUGUGUAACCUGUCAAUGAUGUCACACUGUACAUGCAGCUGAUUUUGCUGUUGUGUUUCAUUUGCAAAUUGGUAUGUUUACAAAAGCUUGGUUGUUUAAUGUUUUUUUUUUUUUAUUACCAUUGUUUGUAUGUUGGCAGCAAAAUCCUGGAUCUUUUUACAAGUCUUUUUUUGUAUCCCUACCCCGGUAGCAGUUUGUGAUGUAAUGAAAUAGUGCCGGCUUGGUGGAAUGGCCAUCUGACUUUUGAAUAUAGCACCACAAGGUCUUUAAAUGUAGUCACCAGAUAAUUCCACAUUCAAUUUCCAGAUCUAUCUUAAUAGAAAUGUAACGAUAACGCUUUUAUUUUAACAAGCCAAUUAUUGUAUUUUUUUUUGUGGAACAUUUUGAUAAAUGCAAAAAAAUGCCUGUGUGUUCUCAUUUUGUAUGGAAAAUGCUGUAAGCUGCUGACGGCACCACAAAGGACAACAUUUGUAAUUUGAAAUCUAUUAAAUUCACUAACUACG